GCAGCAGCAGCUGGGCCCGCCGCCGCUUCCAAGAAUGCCGCUCCCGCCACCACAGACGCCCCGUGAAGAGAUGGUGCGCGAGGAGCAGCAGCGGGUGAUGGCGUCGAUCCUGGCCGGUGGAAACGCUCCGGCAGAGGACACAAGCCGCAAGCGGCGACGCACCGAUAGUGAUGACGUCAACAACGAGAGCUUGGCGCCGGCAGGGCAGCGGAGGAAGCUGAUUGUGUCCGAGGCGGCAGGUGCAGCUGCCGAUGCAGAAGAGAUGGAGCGCGAGUUUAUGACCAAGAUGCUGCUGGAGCGGAAGGAAGCCCUGCUCCGCCGCCGGGCCGCCGCCACCGCGGCACAAGCUGUUGACAACGGCUCAGGCUCGGGCACGAUGGAGACUAGCGCGACGUCGUCGUCCACCUGCAGCUCAGACUCCGAGUAUCCCGAGGAGUCCGAAUCCGACUCGAAUGUAUGCGCAAGUAGCUCAGCUGACGAGUACUCGACGGCGGGGUCGUCAGAGAGCGGCGACGACGCCGCGGCAGUCUCGCUCAGCGAGACGCUCUUUCGGCUCCAGCGUGAGCUGGUCGACGCGCUGCAGGCCGGUAAGGACGCCGAAAAGCGGGUGCGGCGGGCGCAGGCUGUGCUGGACGCGGCCGAAUCUCAGCGAGUUGCGGCACAGCAGCGAACGCAGGAGGCGCGUGAGGCGCUGGCGCGGACGCGGGCACUGGCCAGUGGCGCUGGAUGGGACGACGGCGAUGCUGAUGUUGAUCCACGGACGCCGCUGUCGGUGCUGAUGACGGUGCGGGCGUGGCGGGUGGCGUCGUUCUAUCCGCGACACCUAGUCCUGCAUCCGGCGUUUACAGUUCGAAUCGAGCCGGACUACCCGGUGUGCGAUGCGUGGCUCGCCGGGCUCAGCUGCGGCAACGCGGCAUGCCCCGAUCAGCACCCGGACGACGGACAUGUGACGGCCCACGGGGCCAUGCUCGAGGUGUGUCGGUACCACGCCGAGGUGGUGCGCGGGACAGAGAGCGCGAUGGCGACGAGGGAGGCGCACCGCUGA